UCGUGUUUACAUUUCAAAAUCAAUAGACGAAUGUGCAAAGGCAUUGUGUUAAAAACUAUUUUGUGAAAAAUACAAAACUUUAUAAUGGUGCGUGAAAAGAAAAUAUCACCGAAAAAGUUAGACAAAAAACUAGAAAACUGGAGUUUCGUUAAUUCGAAAGCUAUCAUCAAUGAAAAACCAAAAAAAUUAAGCCUAGCAUUGGAAAUCACACAUAAACAACCGAACGAAGAAAAUGAAAAAUUGUAUUAUUUAGGAAAUUUAUGUAUCGGAACAAUAUCUUUCGAUGAUGUUAUUCAACCAAAGAAAUGGGAUCGUUCGAAACAUAUUAUUGUAAAAAUAAAUUCCGAUUCGAUUAUAGUCGAAAGUUAUUUUCCGGUUGAUUUUUUUCAAGAUUUAAUAUCGUCCCCUAAUUUAUAUUUUAAAAUAAAAAUUGAUGGAGAAAAUGUAAUUCUUGAAUUAAGUUUAAAGUUAUUGGACGAAACUGAACCGGUUAAAUUAAAGUAUAAAAAAUUAUUGAAACGAAUUUUAAUUUUAUUUUUUCGUGAUGAUUGUGUUUUCGAAUUCGAUGAGAAAAAUUGGAAAAAGAAACACGAUAUUGAUGAAUUGUACAAAGCAAUACGUUUAUACGCAAAUAUUGAAAAUAAAAAUUAUUCAUAUGAUGUUCAACAUCCAAAUUUAAAGCCCACGUUACGACCAUACCAAGCACAAGCUGUUCAAUGGAUGUUAAAUCGUGAACAUAAUGCAUUAUGUAUUGAUGGCGAAAUUCAUCCAGCUUACCAUAAACUUAAUUUACCAAACAAUGAAAUUUUAUAUGUUAAUGCUAUUACCAUGCAUAUUACCAAUACCCCACCAUUAAUUCAAUCUGAACUAACUGGUGGAAUUCUAGCUGAUGAAAUGGGAUUAGGAAAAACCGUUGAAGUGUUAGCCUGUAUUUUAUGUAAUCCAAGGAAAUUGGAUACGAAACGUGACGAUGAUAAAAUGGAAACCGAUGAGAUAUUGAUUGAUACACAAGACAAAAAGAAAAUUCCUAAAAAUAAAAAUAAAGUUCGAAAUCAACAGGAUAAUUUAAAUGGAUUUAAAAAAAUUCGUAAAUCAAUCGAAAUGGAUCACGAUUAUGUUCCAAAAAUUAAGGAUAAUAGUAAUAAAGUUAAUAAAAAACGUAAAAUAUGGCGAAAACGUAAAGUUUGGAAAAAUAAAAUUUUUAACAAGAAAACAGAAAGGAAACGUAUUAAGACGAAUAUUGUUUCGGACGAUUCGGAAAAUGAUGAAUCAGUACCAGAAAGUAGACAAUCAUCCGAUCUGGAGGCUUGCGAAACAAAAAAUAAUGAUAAAAGAAAGAAAACGUCUAGAAUGAUUGUCUCGUCUAGUGAGGAUGAAGCCAACGAAGAUGAUAUUCCACAUUCGCAGCAAUCUUCUUCUGAGGAAAACGAUGAUGUCCCACUCGCUCAAUUAAUUCCUCCUAAACAAGAAAAUGAUAGUCCACAUUCUACCGAAAAUGUAACCCCCAGUGAUGAUAUUCCUACUAAAAAAAAGGUUAAAAAAGAAAAAUUAACCACUGAAAAAGUUGCUAAAAAACCUGCUAGCUCAAUAAAACAAUUCUGUAAUCUUUGGUACGAAUCAAAAUUAGCCGAAGUCAAAGUGAAUGCUCUUCGUGAACGGCCAACAGAAGUUUUAGCCGUUCAAUGUUUAUGUGGUGAUUUUCAAUGUUUCGGUGAUGAAGUUAUUUGUCAGGAUUGCGGUAAGAAACAACAUCGACUGUGUGUUAGUUAUUCUGGUGAUCCUUCGAAGUAUUGCUGUCCACAAUGUUGGGAGAAAAGGCCUUUAAUUAAAACUGCUGCAACUCUUAUAAUAACUCCGUCGCCACUAAGCAAACAAUGGAUUACCGAAAUAAAACGGCACGUAACACGUAACGGUUUACGUGUCUUAGUUUAUAAAGGCCUCAGUACAACUGGAUACUUGUAUCCAGAAAGUAUUGCCGAAUAUGAUAUUGUAUUAACAACAUAUUCAGUCCUACAAAGUGAAAUUCGAUAUGUGGAUAUUGAUUCAUCUAGGAGUAUGCGAUUUGAGAAGAAAUAUCAUGUGGGAACAUCCCCAUUACUAUCAUUGGAAUGGUGGCGUAUUUGUUUGGAUGAAGCACAACUUGUAGAAGGUGCAACGAGUAAUGUAGCUAACAUGGCAAGAAAAUUGAAUGCUGUUCAUAAGUGGGCAGUUUCUGGUACACCAGCUCAAAGGGGAAUACCAGAUUUAUAUGGUUUAAUAAUAUUUUUGGGAAUUCAACCGUACAACGAUUUCGAUAUAUGGAAAUACGCCCUCUACAAUCCCUACUGUAAAGGUAUUAAAGAACCCUUACAUAAAUUUUUAUCCAAAAUAAUGUGGCGUACAUGUAAGAAAGAUAUUCUCAAUCAAAUCAACAUCCCAAAACAAACAGAAAUCAUACAUUGGUUAAAAUUCUCCGCUGUCGAAGAAUUCUUCUACAAACGUGAACAUGAAAUGUGUCAAGAUAGUUUUCGUGAUCGUUUACGAAAUUGCAAUAUAAACGAUAAGCUAAGUCAAUUAGAUCGACAUACGUUACAGAAAUUAUUGAAACCAUUGCUAUCGAUUCGACAAGCUUGUACCCAUCCAAAAGUUGUACGUGGUAAAUAUUUAACAACAAAGAAUAAUGUUAUGAACAUGGAAGAUCUUUUGGAGGCGCUAAUUAAUAAGAAUGAACAAGAAUGUUCAGAUGUUCUACGCGCACAAAUCGCUGCACUAAACGGUUUAGCUGGGAUUCAUAUUAUUGAGCAUCGAUACAACGAGGCUGGUGAAUGUUAUCGUGAUGUUUUACGACUUAUCGAUCAACAUAAAAAUGAAGUCCAUGUUGAUACUUUACCUCAUUUACAUACGCUCUAUAAUUUAAGUGAAAUAUUAUCGAAUCCAAGAGUACAUCUUCCACCAACGUUACGUGACGAUCAAUUAUUGAACGAGGCGAAGAAUUUGGAGGAAAAAUAUAUUCAUAAACAUGUUGUUGGUGUCAAUGAAUCGAUGACGGAUUAUUUAAAUUGUAUUGAACGUGUUACUCAAGUGGAAAAUGAUUUUUCACAGCCGGUUUGUGGAUGGUUUACGGAAUUGGUUGAUUGGAUGGAUAGUGAAGAUGUUUCGGAUGAUCUGUUGUCAAGGAUUGAAUCCAGUUUACAGGAUUAUUCGCAACAAUCGGAACUAGUGACUCAACUAAGAAGUUCACGUGUGUUAACCUUAGAAAUUUAUCGAUGGUGGCAAAAAGUAGAUAAAAGCAUACGUAAUUUACGUGAUAGCUUUAAAUCGUUAAAAGCAUUAUCAUCCACAGAAAAUGCUACCAAUUUAGUAUCAUUUUCAGAAGAUUGUGUAAGCGAUGCUGUAGUUUGUCAUUUACGACCUGUUAAACAAACAAAAGGUUCCAAUACCAAGAAAAAAUGUUUUAUGUGUAAAAUUGAAAUGGAAAUGUUGAAUUAUGAAUGUUUAAUAUUUUUAAUGAAUACGAAAAAAAUUAAUACAAAACGAAAGAAAAGUGUGGACGAUGAUGAAAAUAAAAUGGAAGGAACUUGGAAAGCAAGUGAACAAGAAAUUAUUUUGAAAAGUGCAUUAUCUUUUGGACGUAAUAAACGAAUAGCUGAUGCCAUAAUUCGAGAAGGUGAAUUACAUUUAGAAUUAUGUGAGGUAUUAAAAAAAGAAUUUCGUGACAUGCGUCGUCUAUGGACAUAUUAUGGUGAUUUAAUCGCAUCCCAAGAUGAGAUUAGUAUGUGUAAAGAACGUUUACGAAUACGUUUAGGCAAUGAAGAGUUACCAAAGUCAAGUACAAAGUUGGAUCGUAAACAUAAUAUUUUAAAAUUAUUGGAUUAUAACGUUGAAAAUAAAUUAGAUCAUAUUAAUGUUAUUGAAAUUGGAAUGAUUGAUGCUCAUUUUGCUUCAAUUAAAAGAGAUAAAUUAAUAGCUGAAGCAGAGUUUGCUAAAAAAUUAGGUACACUUGCGUAUCUUAAAACGUUACGCAAAGAACAAGAUACCAAAAAAGCACCAGAUCCAUGUCCAAUAUGUACGAAUCCACUUCAAGACAAUUGGAGUAUUUUGCAAUGCGGUCAUUCAUUUUGUCUAGAAUGUAUCCAUCAUUUACUCUCGAAAUAUUGUAGCGGAACUGAUUUAACGUGUUCGGUAUGUCGACGACAACAACCGAUAGCGGAUAUAUCGUAUGUCAAAAAAGAAGGCGACGAAACGUCAAAUUUGACAAAGCCUGGUGAAUUAAUAAUAAAAGGAUCGUUUUCAACAAAAAUUGAAGCAAUUACAAAAUGUCUGCUUGAUUUAUAUAAAGAAGAUAAUCAAGUGAAAGUAUUGAUAUUUUCAACUUGGUCAACCGUUUUGGAUGUCGUUAAUGAUGCAUUCACUAAAAAUCAUAUUAAAUUUUUACAACUAGUUACACCAAAUCCAAUUAUUUUUGAAAAAUUUAAGGAUAAAGAUGAACAAAUCACUGCUUUACUACUGCCAAUUAGUCAAGGUGCUAAAGGUUUGAAUUUAAUUGAGGCAACUCAUGUAUUUUUAGUAGAACCACUCAUGAAUCCAAGUGAAGAGUUACAAGCAAUUGGACGUGUUCAUCGUAUUGGUCAAACAAAGCCAACAUUUGUACAUCGUUUUUUAAUUAGAGAAACAAUUGAAGAAAGUUUACAUAAUGCUGUAGCAACGAAUAGUUCUGAUUGGGAGCGAAAAGAUGUAACUUUAGCAAAAUUAAGUGAUUUAUUUGAUAAUUGUACGAGUGAUAAUGAUAUAUCCCAUUCAUCGGUUGAUACAGAAACUGAUAAUGUAGUUUUAGAUCCUUCGACAUAAACAGUCUUAUAGAUGUUUGAUCUCACAUUUUUAAAGGCUACAUACUGAGAACUGAUGAUUUUGAUUACAGCAUCUAGUAAAGAGAUAAAAUUAAACUGUAUAAGGUGCCCCUAUUAUUUUCGACGAGCGUGAGUGAUCAACUAAUUGUUUUCAAAAUCAGGCCAUCAGUCAGUUUUCGGAAAGAUUUAACGUUUUUUAUUUGCAGUUAUUUGAAUGGGGAAGGUGCUUGCAUUUAAGAAAAUUUCAUCAUUUUUCUAAUUAAAAAAAGGUUGUUCAUUAAGAAAGAAUAUUGGAGUCAGAAAAAGACUUACUCGUA